AUGCUGCAUGGGGCAUUUUGGUGGACAGUGCUGCUGCUCACGCUGGGCGCCUGCGGCACUCGAUCGCAAGAGCCCGGAGCAUUUAACUUGAUCGAUAUGCUCAGUGAACGCAAAGACCUGUCGACUUUCACUCUCCUUUUGCAGCGUACACGGCUGAUUCCUGCCCUGAACCGAAUCCAGGAAUUGGGCUGCGCACAUACAGGUAUGACGUUGUUUGUACCGAACAACGAUGCCUUUGAAGCUGCUACGCGAGGAGAUACACCUGACGCCACGUUUUGGCAAAACGUGCUGCACAAUACGCACGACGUGGACAACAUCAACGUUGCACUCCGCCAGCUGCUUUGGUACCAUGUGCUGAACUACACACUACCGGAACGCGGACCGCAGAUGGGCAUAUACGAGACGCUGCAUUUCCCUUCGCGCAAGCGUAUUAUUGAGCCUUCACACCCCGGCGUGCUCCCACAGCCCCCCGACGUACCGCCGCAUCCAGGCGCUGAAGACGAGGGUGAUUUGCUCGGAAGGCAAGGCCAGUUUGUGCGAGUGCGGCGUGCGCAAAUGGGCAGCACCCAAGGCAUGUGUGUCGGUGUGGACUCCUCGGGCCGUGGCGGGGCCAAGGUCCUGCGCGCGGACCGCACAUCGUCCAGUAGCGUUCUCUUUACCAUCGACAAGGUCGUGCCAUUGCCACCGACGCUCGAGCAGUUUUUGCGCACGAACCACGACAUUGCACCGACCUUUGCAAAUAUGCAAGAGACUGCGCUACACGCCAUGUCGAAAACGGCGCACUUGACCCUGUUCCUUCCCUCUGCAAAAUCCAUGUCGCUGCUUUCGCCGCUGGAGCGCACAUACAUUAUGGGCCCAUGGCCUAUGGCACAGGAAGAUCGCAUGCGUUUAUUCGGAUGGCACGCUUCGAGUAUCGGACUGGGAGAUGGAGAAAUUGGGUACGCAAAUCGACUACGCGAGGCACUCGCCGUAAACAUGACUACCAUUCUGGGCGGCCAAGUGAUUGUGCACACUGCAAAAGACAGCCGGCUCUUUGUGAACCAAGCCAUGGUUGUGCAAGAAGACAAUUUUGUUGAGAGUGGCGUCGUGCACAUUAUCGAUGGUCUGCAUCUACCCUACGGCACGCUCGGCAUGACGCUCGAGAAAUACUUGCUUGCAUUGCACGCCACUAAAUUUGUCCAGCUCAUGCGGCAGGCAGGACUGGGAGGCUACUUUGACGAGCCAAAAGGGGCGUACACAUACAUUGUCCCUUCAAACGAAGCUUUGGACCGCUGGCUCGAGCACAGGAGCGACUCGCUCGAGACGCUCGGUGCAUCGCCCGCUGUGCGCAUCGCUCGCGACCAAGCCGCUCUGCGUGCCAUGUUACUGUACCAUAUCCUACCUGAAAAACAUGCCGUGCACGACUUGUUCGAUGGCAUGCUCCUCCCUACCGAGCUGCGUCUCGACUCGCUUGGCGGCGCAGCACAGCAAGUGGACGUACAAGUGCACAACACUGCCAAGACGCGCGGCACAGGCAUUGCCUUUCGCGCAGUGGGAAUCAGAAAAGGACCUGUGCAUGCGGGGAAUGCUUUUGUAUACCUUGCAGACGACGUCAUGCAUGUGCCGCUUGAUCCCAUGCAGACGGCCUUGGAGUCGACUCGCACGCUCUCCACGUUUGUUGCCUCCUUGCAUGCUGCAGGCACGGAUGAAUCCGUGCGCACAGAUCCUUUGCGCACCUAUUUCGUCCCCGUCGACGCUGGCUUUGCCAAGCUGGGGCUUGUAGCCAAGUACCUUUUGCUGCAUUCCAAGGAAAGUGCAGCGGAUUUGUCCAGCGUGCUUGCAUUUAUCAGCGUCCAUGGUCUGCAGUACGCCUCGACAUUGCCCCGUGGCUGGACGCCACUGCGCACUGCUGCGAGUGCACCGCUCUUUGCGCGCCGCGACAACCACGGCCAAAUUCAUGUGCGCGCCGUGCAGAAAGGCGCCAGUGCCAACGCGGUGCAGCAAAAUAUAUUGACGAGCACGGGCACGAUGCAUUUGCUGAAUAGCGUCCCUUUUUGCCCUAGGGUCACUAUCACCAUGGAAAAGCUUGCGCGCGCAGCGAAAACGACGCAAAUGUUGCGGCUUGUGCGCCGCGCAGGGUUCGGCUGGGUCUUGGACGGCACUGCGCCGCACCCUGCAGCUAUGGCGGCGCUUCAAAAGCGCUCGUCCAAAUGCACGCAUCCCAAACUUGUCCUUCUUGCCCCAGAGGAUAAGGCGUUUGCACAGCUGAAUAUGACACAGAUCGAGGAGGAUAUGCCGACGCUGCGCGCGCUUGUUUUGCUGCAUAUCCUGCUUGUAGAGACGUGCGAUAAAAGCGAAACGAUACCCGGGCUGCAGUUGCCGGUCCCGCUAUGGGACAAUCGGUCCUACAUGACCCUUUCGGACAAGCGUGCCGGCGGGCAGAAUCAGUGGGGCGAGCUUGCUUUUCGCCGCGUGCAGGAGCCAGAGCCAAGUCGCUUGGGGUAUGUCGUCGGCGUUAUGGGCGCGCGAGGAACCUCGGGCUUUGACCAUUCUGCUGCCGUGCUCGAGUAUGGCCGGACGUUUAUGCCUGCGGACAAUGUCACAGUGCACGGAUUUAUCCCCGGGGGCAUACUCACCAUUGACACUGUAUUGCAGCCAUUCCACCCCAUCUGGAUUUUCCGUUGGGGCUGGGCUGGCAUUAUUGUGCUACUGGGCGUGCCUGUGCUCUGCGUUUUCGCCACGUAUGCUUUUGCACAUAUGCGCACGCGCCGAGGCUAUGUACUGAUCCCCGACGCACUGGAAGGGGAGGAAGAAUAA